AAACAGUAUUCUGGACUGGAGUGAACUGGCCGAUCAUCAGUCGCACAGCUGAUAUUAGAGUGACGUCAGUAAAACAAAGCCAUGCGCGGUCGAUCGCAGCGGCGAAGUAAACCGAACGGACCGAACCGUCUUGCUAACAAACAUUAGGCGUCCGUGAAACCGUCAGGUACAUUUUAUACAAGAUUUCUUAGGGGAAGAUAAAAUUUGCGUGCGCGAGUACACCCGUCUCGCAUCUUUCUCGCAAACAAUGCCGUUCAUAUCGAAAGAUUGGCGUAGCCCUGGCGAGGAAUGGGUCAAGACCGUUGAAGGUUGGGAAAAGAAGAAAAUCCUCGAGUGCGCCAACAAUAAAACGCUUUCUCUCCUGCUUCGCGGCGAUAAAGAUGCGCUCGACAAAAAGGAGAAGGAUAAAAAGAAAGAAAGCAUCGUCCAGCCGCAUUGCCGCAUCACGCUAAAGUGUACACGCGAGAUCGCUGGUUUCAACGGAUUGAGCGAUGCGCUGAAAAGGCUUGACUUUUUGUCCGCGGUACACGAUUGUCGUCGUUUCAAUUAUAUCGUACGACUGUUGGAUCUUCUGGUCAGUCACAGAAUGGGUGGACUAAGUGGAUGCGCUCAGAGGGUCCUUUUCAAUAUGCUGGAAGAAGUCGCGUUGGAAGUAUCGUUAUCGCAACAACAAACCGGAAGGCUUCGUCGUCUGAUCGAAAGGGUGCGAGCUUUUAGCGCGGGCUGCUGUUGGGGUGGUAGACCUUUAGGUUCUGUAAUUUUAUGGGAAAAGCACAAAGCCGCCCUCGAAAGAAUCUUGCAAAUUGCCUCGUCUAUCACUAUAACUCAGCCGGACGAAGAACAGCAACCGCAGUGGUCGGAUUUACCAGCCGAAUGUCGUCGAGAAGUACUUCUUCGUCUGAGCGAUCCACGAGAUAUCGAAGCCUCUUCGGAGGCUUGCGAACAUCUAGCCAUUCUCGCUCAAGAACAAAGAAUAUGGCGCGAACUCGCUCAAUAUCAUUUUACGCCACAACAAAUAGCUACCACUAGACAAAACAAUCCUGGGAAAGACUGGAAAACCAUAUUCACUAUUGCUCGAAGAUCGUUUGGUCUGCGAGAAGAAUACGCAGAGAUGAUUCAAUUGUGUCGCAACUGUCGUUGCCUGUUCUGGCGAUCGUUGGGCCAUCCCUGCAUCGCGGACCAAGAUCCAGCGUUUCAGGAGAAAUUAGCAGACGUCGAUCGAGCCUCCCUUCAUGUUCCGAUUCCUCCGCAAACUUUUUUGAAGUUUUUUUCUCUGUGAGAGCUUCGGCGCAACUUUCCUAGCCUCUUAGAAAAUAAGAAAAGCGACAAAGAUGUACGCGUGAAACCCGAUAAACGAACAGACCCACCAACAACUGCGUAUAUGGUGAUAUAUGAUGGCCGCACCUCAUCCGAUUGCCAAAGAGUAACCUUUCAAAAAUGUUACUCUUCCUUUAAACAAAAGAUCGUGUCUUCGAAAGAGUAUCUUUAAUGCGGUCAACUUAAAGAUAUUCUUCUUAACGCGUAUUACGAUCAAUCAUGAUCGAUAUUCCGGUUCGAAUCGAGUUCCAAAGUUACACAGACUUCUAGAUCCAUUUUAUCCUCUUCGAGAGACAUCCUGAUCGAACGUACUUGUUUCAGCAACGACGAGCUACGGAUAUUUUUGUGUUCUUUCAAAUGUUGCACGCUAAGGAAUACAGGCUUAAUUUUUAAUAAUAAUAAUAAUAAUAAUAUGCAGAAUUUACGGUGGGUUGAAAUCGAUCGUAAAAUUACCAAGCAUUUACGUUUCUUGAAAAUGGUAGAACUCACUUUUUGGUCACUGCGAUAUUCGCUUUGCAAAAGCAACAUUAAAUUGUCAUUAUUUUCCUUUCUACAUAUUAUAUAUUUAAAGUGUAUAAAGGAAAUUGUAUUUUUAUCACGCAACAAAACUGACAUUUAUCGAAGCGUAUCGAGCAUUGACUUUUCACUCGUAUGUUACAUCGAUAAAAUAUAAUAAUUUCUCGCUUUUUACAUUGUAACCGCGAUCAUGAAACGAUCAUACGUUUCUACUGUAUAAGAUUUAUACAAAUUUUCAUAGCGCCUGCUAUCUCUGUUUCUUACUUAUUUGGCAGCUAUUCUAGGCUACUUUUUUCUCGUAUAGACAAAUCUUAGUCUUUUCCUUUUUCUUUUUAAUGAUUACAUUUAUUUCAUGCGAUCAUCGAAAUUUGUUUCCAUGUGUUCAUUUUUAUAAAUAUUUCAUCUCUUUUUACAUAUUCCAUGCGCAUCUUUUGCGUAUGUAUUUUUCUACUUUGUGAUUCUCGUGUAGCAGGAAAACAGAAACUGUAACGAAACUUAUUUUUAAAACGGAACAUGUCAAACAAAGUUAUGAUUUGUUGAAAUAUCUGUAAAUUUCAAGACAGAAAGAGAGUGAAAUUAUCUUUUCUUUAAAAAUAUAAGCAAAUUGUACAUUUGUUAAAUGUGUGUUUAUGAAAACGAAACAAAACGACAAAACAACAAAAACGACAGCUGUAGAUUAUACGUGUUAUAAGAAGGAAGAAGCUACAUUGCUUGAUACAUUUAUCGUACCUAUUCAUUCGAUAUCGAUAUCAUCAAAUUUUUUAAUAUUUCACAAGUAUAUAAAUAAAUUUAGUAAUUGAUUAAGCGAUUCAUUCGGAAUGAUGAAAAUUAUACUGCCAAAAUCGAUUCUGUUGUAUUCAACGAAUCGAAUAAAAAUUCUUUUUCUGUACAUUCUGUUUAAAAUAAGAAACGAUUCUUUUGAUACGUUACUUUUUCUUUUUAACAUUAACGUAAUGUACAUUUUCCAAGUGAAAAUUUAUUAUGAUCUGCUGUGUACUCGAUUUUUAGCAACUCAUCAAUUUAAUAGCUUUCUUCACAGAUUUCUAUAAUCUAUGAUCAUGGAAAACUUUAAAACAACGUUAUUUUAUUUACCUACACAACUGUAGAACAAAAUUGUGCAUAAAGCUUCAAAAUAAAAGAUUUCUUUGUA